AUGAGCUUACAAAUGGAGAAGAACUUUGUCAGUAGUCAUGAUUGCUGUUUUCCUCAGAUUACAAUUCUGCUUCGUCAAUUCCUCAAUUUAUUUCCAUCCACGUUGCGCAACAAAUUGUUUUUGGCAAUGUGGAUAUGCAUUGAAUGUUUCAUUCGUAUUGAAUUUCUUUCAUCAAAAAUGCAUUUGCAAGAUAAGAAAAAAGAAAAACUUCAAUCAACAUUGCAUAUUCUAUUUCAAUCUCGUUGUAUUCUAGAUAAAGCUUUAAAAUGCAUACAGGUUGAAAAGGCAAUCACAGAAGUUCCGUCAUGGUUUAUGUAUCUAAUCAAUCUGAAGCUCAUCUGA